CUUUUUUGUGGGAUAAACGAAGAUGUAAGUUUCUUGCUGUGUAAUUUGUUGUGAAGAACAGCCUUUCCAUUUGCGUUAUCAUGAGAUCAGAAGUUAGUCUCAUCUCAUGAGCUGCUUAACAUACUGCACGAGAUGGUUGGAAAUUUGCCUAUCACACUCUCUGUUGCUGUCAUUUGCAUCUGCGCAGCCAGACUAAAAAUAAUUCAAACACUGCAUGCUUUCAGCCUAAGAGACUGCUGUUUGUUUGGUUAGACCAGCAAGGAGGAGAGUCUGAAAAGCAACAGCAGACGGGAAAGGAGAAGAAUCAGCGAGACAUAAUAGGGAGGAAGGCAUCAGGAGGAGGAAGGCAUUCAGGCACUGCAUGUGUUGUUUCGAACUGUGAAGUAGGAGGAGAAGCUCAGCAGGCGGGAGGAGGAGGAAGGGGUACUUCCUCUUUAGUCUGAGUAGAGCUGCUGAGGUAUCCCAGCAGCCCCAGGCUGUGGCGACAGGAAACCUUCGUAUAAAAAGCUGCAUCGCAGGGGGAACCCUCCUGAGUACCUCUUAGACACAGCAUGACCAGGACCAAGAGCCUGAGAGUGUGGACCUAACAAAACAAUGCCCAGCAUAAAAGCCAAACCACCCAGCACUCAUCACUUCAUCAUGGACCGAGAUGACAGGAACAGAAACAACACGCUUGGAAAGAACUUUAUGUGUCGACUCCAGUGCAUGUUCUCACAGACGCCUCAAUGCUCAGAGAGCGGGCUAAGUUUAGAAGACACCCAACAAUGGUCACAGUCUCUGGAAAGGCUUCUUGAAUCUAAAUAUGGACUGGCCACCUUUCGUAACUUCCUCAAAUCAGAAUAUAGUGAUGAGAAUAUUGAAUUUUGGCUCACUUGUGAGGACUACAAGAAGAUUAAGUCUUCAUUUAAAUUGUCCUCGAGAGCUAAGAAGAUAUAUGAGCAGUUCAUCAAAGCAGAAUCACCUAAAGAGAUCAACAUUGACUAUCACACUCGAGAGCAGAUCAAAAGAAACGUCAAGACUCCCACCAUGCACUGCUUUGACGAAGCUCAGAAGAUAGUUUACGGGCUGAUGGAAAGAGACUCGUACCCGCGGUUCCUCCGCUCGGACAUUUAUAGAACACUCCUGGAAAGCCUCGCUACUGACGCCACAACGGGAUGAAAGCACGGUCAGGAGGAGAGAGGAAGGAGAAGAAAACCCAUAACUGGAAUCUUUGAGGCUCCUUCAGGCGGAGGAACUGAAAACGAAAAGGAAGGAGGGUCAUCCAGUGUGGAACUAGGACACAAUCAGCGGCCCGCGCACAUCGGCGAUGCCACUCCUGCUCUACACUAAUAAAGGAGCGGAUCCCUACAUUUAGCACCACACACCUGAAGACUUUUUCUGAAGCAAAUUUUCCCAAUAAUGACCCCGUAGACCCCGUUGUCACAGGAUGAAGACUGUACAGGACAACUGGACGCCUUUCGCGGUGAACGAAUUAGUAAGGUGACGGACUUCUGCAACAGUAAAGCUGCAACAUAUGCAAAGAAUGCACUAGUUGCCUUCUGGCCUUCUUUGGAGAGGUGUUUCCUGUGCAGAUAGAAGAUAAAAGAUACAACAGUCACAACUGCUUAACUCCCACUCUCUCACUUGUGUGUGUUAGAGAGGGGAAAAAAAGAGACACAAAGUGAAAUAAAAAAAGUAGAAUUUUAUGAUGGCACUUAAAUAUAAUUUACUCAGAAUAAGCUGUAGCCAAAGAGCUGGUCAAUAAAUCAGAGCACUAAGAGACAGAAAAUCCAUCGCAGGCUGAGGAUUUAAUAAUGAUCUGUCCUUAAAAUAGAGAACUAUUUUAAAGCAUCUUUAUUUCUUUAAUCUAAAUUGGGUUAGAAAUGCAUGUAUAUUUUUUAUUCAAUGGUGGCCCAUAGAGAAGUUUUUUGUCCCCUUUUUUCCCCUUUUCUUUGAACUUCUUUAGCAUUGAUUAUUGUCAGAAUAUCUUUUGCAAGUAUUGUCUUUAAACUGAUAUGUACAAAGAAAACAAAAUCAUGCACACUUUCUAAACUUCUUUGUGGAAUCUUGACAAAUAGUUGCAUAACUGAAACCAAGAACUUCCCAUUUUGAGACAGCCUACGUCACAUUUAAUUCGUCACUUGGCCAAUGGCUUGCCAAAACUCAAACCGACAUCUUACAGCACUGAAGCAUAAUGAGUUUUGCAUUUGAUAAUAGAAUUAGGACUACUAUUACACAGCAUGAAAAUGUGGUUAAACCUAUAUAUUCUGGGACUGGGCCUUAUUACUGAUUGUCAAAGCAUGAAUAAGAGUGAAUAAACGCUUGUUAGGAGUUUAAUAGUUAAAUUAACUUAAAAUUUUAACAUUGUAUUAUUUAUUGCUUACUGUUCUGUCACAAUUUGAGUGCAAAGUUUGUUGUAGAGUUGAAGUGCUUCUUUAACUGCUGGUGGAUUUAAAUGAUAUUAAAUUAUUUGAACCGCUUCAAAAAAAGAGAAGACUUUAUUUUCCUGUAUCACAUGGAUUUAAUCUCGUCAUCCUGACCUUUCUCAGUCCUAAAUAUGUUUAAAGAAGACAGCACACUUUUGGAAAAAGGCUGAUCUUAAAAGAUUGCGCCAUAAGCUCAAGUGAUGUUGGCACGUAACAGUCUGUGGUAUUGCACAAUAAUACGUCCUAGAAGCAUUAAAAAAAAGUCAGCAGUUUUUAUGAACAUGUGCUAAAUGCUUCUGAGUCUCUUUAAUUUAAAUAUUUAAUUCAUUUUAUUUAAAGUGUCACGCAUUGUUUAUGUUGGAAAUUAUGAAAAUUAUAAUAAGAAAUCGAAAGAAGUAGUGGUAGUUUAAAAAUCCAACUUCUUUCAAAUGAGCACAGAUAUUACAGUUUUUUUGUUUCCUUGUUUUUUUAAAAAUAAUGACCAAGAACAUUACCUUUUCAAUAAAUCCAACAGGGGUGGUUAGUGUUCCCCUACUGCUUUGUGGUCUGAAGUCAAUGAAAAGCAUUUUUGACACACAAGUGACAUGUGGAUUUGACAAACCGGAAGGCUUGGACUUCCAGUUUCUUGAGAAAUCAAGAGGUGAGAGAAAUGAGAUCUCCUCCAUUUUAUUUUGUGCCAUCCUUUUAUCUGCAGGCCCAAAUGUGUCUAAGUGCAACAGAGAUUUGACCUUGGGUAAACAAACUAUUGCGAGUUCACCAAACUUUGUUAUUCAGCUUGUAGUAGAAACAACAGAUUUUACUACACUUCGAGUGUUCUGAGAAUUUUCACAAUUUGUUUUCAAUCACUGUCACAGAUUUUAUGUAACUUAUAAUGUAAUACAUACGUAAGAAUUGCAAGGAAAACCAUAAAUGAUAAGACAAUGUUUAAAAAAAAACCUAAAAUUUGUUCGGUUUUGCCCCGUGUAGUGAGCUUUUCCAUUAUGUGCUCUGUUCUUCGCUAUUAUGGGCAGGACUUGAUCACUCAGCAGAUGUGGUCAACGCUCUGCUUAUGUUUGCAGCAACACUCAACAAUGGAGAAUUUCAAGGUUCUGGUUCUCAAACCCAGAUACUUAAUUUUGUCUCAUAGAAAUUCAUUGCUUGCCCAAACAUAGCAAUAUAGACUCAGAUCAGCUGAGUAUUUAUUUAUAUAAAUAUAAUUUUUAUAAUUUUUUAAAUGUCCAACCUUUUCAAUUUAGCUAGUGCAGUAAAAAGAUGUAAACAAAUAGCCACGUUGGAACUUUUUUAUUGUUUAUUUAUUUCUCUAAAACCAAAGGAAAAAUAAAAUUCACAUCACGAGCUAAUAUUAUGCAGCUCCGGUGUUUCCUACUGUCGGCUCAAAACUGCAGCCCCAUCAGCAUUGCUAAAUCAUUCAUGCUAAAAUAACUCAUAAUUGCUCCUCCAUACUGAACAGCUCUCUGAUAGCAGACAGCAUGUCCACAGUCCACAGCUAAACUCUAAUGUUGUUUGGAGUCUUCAGUGAUGUAAAUCACGAGCCAAUCAAUGAAUCCACCCGGCUGUCUAUCAAAUCACUUUGGUGCCAUACCUGGCACAGUCCUGCUAGUACUAACUCUGCAGCACCAUGAAGACCAAGAAACAUGGCAAACAGGUCUGUUAUAAAGGACAAUUAGGUUGGAAAACAAUGUUUUGCAGCUUUAAACAUCUCAGAGUGCAGCAAACGGUAGAAGGUGUGUCCUCUGGUCAGAUGACAACCAGUUAAAAAGUUAUUUUGGCCUUCAUAAAUUACGCAUCACUCCACAAUUAUAUGCCAUUUUGUGAUGUUGUAUCACGUAAACUAUAAUAAGUAAUAAAAUACAUUAAAUACAUUAAGGUGACAAAAUGUAAGAAGGUUCAAAGGUUGUGAAUCAUUUGUAGCGCACAGUAACUGCUUCUGAAGUUCCCAUAAAGAUAUGAUCAUCUCUACAAACAGAGGACAUCGAAGCACAAGAGAAAAGGUGAAGCUGACAUAUUUGAAGUUAGUCUACAGGGUAACAGCCACUCAAAACUUCUCAAUGAGGCAAUGAUGGCACAGAAAACUCACAAAAUAAGGUACAUUUGAUGAGAUCUUACAUCUCGUGUGUAAACCCGAUGCCGGAAGUUCAAGCAAUACAAAAUGUACCAGCAAAAGCACAAGACACUGAAGCUUUUUGUUAUUCUAAAGAGACUGCUGUGACAGAAUCCUAACAUUGGAAUAUUGGAAAAAGUGAUGAGACAUUACCCACUUGACUUUUUCUUUUACUUCUGAAAGAUAAAUUGCAGGAGGUAAUCAUCCUGGUGCUUGCUGAUUGCCUCAAAAAAAUGUUUGAC